AUGGAAAGGCUUCUUCGACUAGGCGGGGCCAGUCUCGCAAAUCUGGGACAGAUUCCCACUGGUCCCCCUGGUGACAAUCCUACGGUAGAUACUGCUGAGCAGGUUUACAUUUCAUCCUUAGCCCUUUUGAAGAUGCUGAAGCAUGGUCGGGCCGGUGUACCUAUGGAAGUGAUGGGCCUGAUGCUGGGCGAGUUUGUCGAUGACUAUACAGUCCGUGUGGUGGACGUGUUUGCGAUGCCGCAAUCGGGCACGGUUAGUACAUCUUAA